UUUUUAUCUGCGGAGAGAGGAAAGAGAGAAGCCAAAGCCAAAGCCAAUCAAAAAACAACUUCGAUUAACCAGAAAAUUUCCAAGUCUCUCACUCCGCCUCACACGACGGGCAACUUCAGCUCCUUCCGUCGCGCUAGAUCCCACCGUCGAUCAGUCAUGGCGACAGGGAAGACUCCAUCCGCCGCGACUCUUUUCACCGGCUCCAAGCGUUUCGAUUUCUCAUCCGCUGAUUCUCCUCCUUCGAAACUAUCUCUCUCGCCCGAUCAGCUCUACUACUGCCACCAAGCUCUCGGCGUUUUCCGGGAUAAAAUCCGAGAUCCCGACUCGAUCGCUCAUGAAUUUGAUAAUUUACAGGAUAAUAGGUUGCGGCCAUCGGAGAUGCAGCUAAGCUGUACAAUAGCUAUGAACAGUGCCAAUUUGGACAAGAACAGAUACAGAGAUGUUGUUCCAUUUGACAAGAACAGGAUUGUUCUGAAUCCAUGUAAAGACUAUAGAUCAACUGCUAAAGGAUAUGUGAAUGCAAGCUUAAUUAAGACUUCGGAGUCUGAGAGCAUAUCUCAGUUCAUAGCUACACAAGGUCCUCUACCACACACGAUGGAAGACUUCUGGGAGAUGGUAAUUCAGCACCAUUGCCCAGUCAUAGUUAUGCUCACUCGAUUGGUUGACAAUUAUAAGACUGUUAAAUGCGGGGACUAUUUUCAAGCCGAAGAUGGACUAAGAGAAUUUGGCAACAUAGCUGUGAUGACAAAGUGGAUAAAGACUACUGACACUUCAUUGAUGUUGCGGAAUCUUGAGGUUAAAAACAAGGAAACAGAGGAUCAGCCCAUGUCCGUUCUGCAUAUUCAGUAUCCAGAGUGGCCUGAUCAUGGAGUUCCCAGGGAUACAGUGGCUGUCCGUGAAAUUCUAAAAAGACUAUAUCAAGUACCGCCUAGUCUCGGCCCAAUCAUUGUGCACUGCAGCGCAGGUAUAGGAAGAACUGGAACAUACUGUGCGAUACAUAACACAAUCCAGAGAAUUCUUGCUGGCGAUAUGUCUGCGUUGGAUCUUGCUAAAACUGUUGCAACAUUCCGCAGUCAACGCAUUGGCAUGGUUCAAACCAUGGACCAAUACUUCUUUUGCUAUACUGCGAUUGUUGAUGAAUUAGAAGAUUUAACAGCGGGGACAAAUUCUGGAACGAGUUACUAAAGGAGUAAAGAGGAAAAAAGGCUUCUACUACAACACAACUGUAUCAAUUUCGUAAUAUUAUUCAUGAAGAAACCGGUGUGGAGAAAUCUUCUAGUGUUUCCUCUAAUAUCAAGUCUUGUUUUUAAGCCUCUACAAUUUCUGUAAAUUUCCAUAUGUGAUGUGAUAGGGUUUAUUUUCUUACUUAAGUUGUGGGAAACUGGAAAUGCUGAUCAAAGAAGCAAAUGAAUUUGCUAA